AUGGGUACUGCGACUCAGAAUGAUCCGUUCUACUGGGACCCAGAUACUCUCUCAAGGGAACUCUGUUCUCAAAGCCAUCUAUGGGUCAGAAAUCCGGCUGCGUUGGCCGCGAAGCUAGCUACUGAAGACAUCGAUGGAAGAACACUGCUCACCUACGAGCUUCUUUUUGGAAGGAGAGAGCUGCAGGAAGCUCUCGGCAUAACCACUGCGCGCAGCAAAGCAGGUCUAGCAGAGGCCAUCCUUAGUUUCCAAGCGAAAAGUCAAGGUUUUCGUUCAUGGAAGAAAAAAUGGCUGAAAGAGAGCCGCGAUGCGACCAACCUCGACGAAGAAGGAGGUGACGUCAAAGGCGAGACAGCCAAUACACCUCCCGUGAAGCCGUAUUCAUAUGCAUCACCAAAUUUAGGCCUACAUGGCAAUCCAGCCAAGCAUGAGACAGAUCAAGAGGAAGGGAUGAAUACAAGACAUGUUCAAGAUGUUACAUCCUUCGACAACUUCUUUGCAGAAUUUGACGGGGACUGUGUCAUGCAAACAAGGAAUGGAGACACAGAUCAUUGUAUCAAGGCAGACUCUGCAUCUGUUCCUCCUCUUAAUCUCAUUGAAAGCCCGCCGCCUGCUCAGCAAAGCGAAGAACAGCCUUCUAAGCGGAGACGAUUAGCGCCAACAAACUUGAGCACGAAGCCUCUGGCUGAUUCGGAUUCACUUGCAUUGACGCAAACAGCACCAUUAAAUUUGGUGGACACAGUUCAGGAACAAAGCAAUAAUGACGAGCGUCCCGCUACAGAAAUUUCCCCUGUUUAUGCCUACCUAGGCGAAAAAGGCCGCCGUCGAGAAAUUGUGCUGUCUCAUAUUGAUUCUCCUGACGUCCCUCGGAUCAGUCAUGUCAAUGGCGGAUUUGCCGUCCUGUCUUCAAAAUACACGAUACCUCCUGGGAAAAGACUUGUCACCAACAGCAUCAUACGAAGGCAAUUACGUAAAAACUCCAAGAAAGAAGCGGCGCUCAAACGGGGUGAUGCUGUUGUUAGGUCUCCGACCCCUUCUGACAGAAGUGGGUCUGUGGUUAAUCUUGACGACCUGCCAGAUUCUUGGGAUGAAGAGACGCAGCGAGAGAUUGAUGAAGAGAACGCAGAGACUGCUGCAAGGGAGCGUGAACAGGCCCGCCAAUUCUCCACAGAGCGCGUGGGAUCCAUCUUGAAGGAAGAGAUGGCUGCCAUGGAAGCUAGAUGGAAAGAAACAAAGCUGCCUAAAUACAACCUCAAAGCCUACCAAAUCUGGAAAAAGUCUACGCGAGGAGAGAGGACUAAAGAGAAGAGAUUUAAGGUGCGCAGAGAAGUUUUGCGCUAUGAAGCGCGGAUAAAGAAGCUUUAUGCCGAAAUACUCGACAACACUUGGCAAACGGAGCGCGAGGUCCGAACGCAAGCAAGUGUUAUGGAGCAGAGUUUGAGCGACAAGCUGUAUCAAACAUGGCUGCUUGAGCUUCUGGAACAGCGCGAAGCCCCGCCUAAACCCUUGGAUAUGCCAAAGCCAAAGCCGAAAUUAUCUACCGCAAAGACUCCCCUGGAUCCUUUCGGCGACGAAGUGCUGACUAGUGAUGAUGAAGAUGAAUUCAUUGUGCCUGAUGAUGGCGAUAAAGGUGACUUGUUCAUGGCCGACAGAGAGUCUUUUGAAGACGUUCCCCAAUCGCUACCAUUUCGACCAAGUCACAUACCAUCUGAUAUUGAAUCUGACAUGGUCAUCGAUCUUACGCUUCUGGAGUCUGAUGAUCAAAUCACAGACAGUAAAUCGGCGAUACAAUACAUUGAUUUGACAUCUCCGGUUAAGCGUGAAGUGCGAGAAGCUGGUGUCAUCGCAGAAAAGUCAUUGCUAGCAAUCGUUUUGCCCAAAGAGGUACCGCCUAUGGAUCAUCUGGGAAGCCUACAGACCAUCGGUGAACAUUCUCCAAGGCACUGGGCAAAGCAGAAAGAUCGUUGGAGAUUAGUUCUCUGUCUGCUAUGGAAGCUUCCACAGACUCGCCGUGAAUGGAUUCUUCGAUUAAUGCAAGACAAUACGGCAGAAGAUGCUUGGCAGGCUUCAAUACACUCCCACCAGACGAAUCCUCUUACCCAAGAGUCCGAUAUUGGAAAAGAAGAGACAACAACCGUUGCAUUUGAUGUCACAAAACUCUUCUUGAGCUGCACGCGGUGCCGUCAAUUGAUAGAUAAGCGAAUCGUGGCUUUGGACAAGACAGACAAGAACAGAAUCAAUCGCGCAAAGGCUUUCUUCUCUACUUUCCAUGCGUUUAUUAAAGAGUGGGCGCCCCAAUUCCCACAGAGCAACCAAAUUUACAGAACCGAUGCCUUUGACGACGAAAUAGGGCUAGACGAAGCUGAUGAGCAUCAGCUUGGCGUUACCGAUACGCCCUCAAAGGUGCGCAAACACGUGGUCAAAGAAAUUAUCCAAAAUAAAGAGGGCGUUGCUCUUCGAGAACGAGAGAUGAAACGUGCUGCAGAGAUUGAGGCUCGCCGAGAGAAAGUGCGAGCUACUCUAGCAAACUCAAACGCCCUCUCUGUGGAUAAGUCUCGAGUCAUUAUCAACGAAAGCAAGGAGGACGACCAACCAUUCAUUUAUGUGAACGAUGAUAUCGGACAGCGCAUAAAGGAUCAUCAGAUCAAUGGAGUGCGGUUUCUGUGGGACCAAAUUGUCCUCGACGCAAAGGAGCGAAAGACUCGCCAGGGCUGUCUCCUCGCUCACACCAUGGGCCUAGGGAAAACGAUGCAAGUCAUCACAUUUCUGGUAGCUGUGACCGAGGCUGCAAACUCAGAUGAUGAAUCUGUGCGUUCACAGGUUCCCCAAGAGCUCAGAAAGUCGCAGUCACUUAUCCUAUGCCCCGCUGGCCUGGUCGAUAAUUGGCUCGACGAGAUAUUGAUGUGGUCCCCCAAAGGCUUACUUGGCAAUGUGUUUAAACUCGAGUCAGCUCAGAAAGGGAAUGAACGCAUGUCGAUUAUCAAGGCCUGGGAGCGAGAUGGCGGAGUGUUGGUUGUUGGGCACCAGAUGUUUGUAGGGACCGAAAACGACAUGCGGGAGAUACUUACACAGUCGCCUAACAUGGUGAUAUGUGACGAAGCCCAUGCGAUGAAGAAUCCGAAAUCGAAGAUUCACCGAGCUUGCCAGGAAUUUCGCACUAGAAGUCGAAUUGCCUUGACCGGCUCUCCACUGUCCAACAAUGUCGAAGAGUACUAUUGGAUGAUCAACUGGGUGGCGCCGAAUUUCCUCGGCCCUGAACAAGAAUUUCGAGACAUAUACGGCAACCCAAUCCAAUGCGGCCUGUGGCAUGACAGUACAAGGGAAGAAAAACGAAAAGCCCUGAAAAUGCUGGAAGUAUUGAAGCUCAAUGUAGCACCCAAAGUGCAACGAGCCACCACUCAGAGUGUCAAACAUGAGCUGCCUGCCAAGUACGAAUUCGUCCUAUUUGUUGAGCCAACCCCCACUCAGAAACUACUCUACAACCUCUACUUGGCCGAAAUGGCGCCGUAUUUGGCGGACUCGAAACAGGUAAUGGUAUUUGGCGCCACAGAUCACCUCAGGCUCAUCUGCAAUCAUCCCCGUUGCUUCAGGCAAAAGGUGUUGGAAAUGUCGUCCAAGGCAGAUGUGCCAGGAUCAUCAAGGACACCAGCGGCGGCACAGCUGAAAGAAACCGACGAAAACGAAGACGACACAGGCGACGAUUGCAUUGAGAAGACUAAAGCUCCGGCGAUGACCUUUCCCCAGAGUAUGAUUUCUAGUGUUCUUAAGGAGACAAGCAAGGCUGAUAAUGCCAAUCCUGCUCUGUCACGAAAAGUUGAGCUUCUUCUCAUGAUUCUAGAUGAAGCACGUGCUAUAGGAGACAAGGUUCUCGUGUUUAGCCACUCUCUUCUUACCUUGGAUUAUCUCGAAAAUUUGUUCAAGGAGCAAAGGCGUACGGUAUGUCGCCUAGACGGUUCAACCGCCGUUAACAAACGACAGGAGCAGAUCAAAGCUUUCAAUACUGGGAAGCAAGAGAUCUAUCUCAUUUCUACAGAUGCUGGUGGCGUGGGCCUUAAUAUUUACGGUGCCAACCGUGUGGUCAUCUUUGAUUUCAAGUGGAAUCCGGUGACAGAGCAACAAGCGGUGGGACGAGCCUACCGAUUUGGGCAACAAAAGACGGUAUACGUCUAUCAAUUUGUCGUUUCAGGAGCUUUUGAGGAGGCAUUGCAAAAUAAGACUGUUUUCAAGAUGCAACUCGCGUCACGCGUGGUAGACAAGAAGAAACCCGUUAGCUGGGGCAAGCGAGUAGGGGAGUUGCUUCAGCCAAUAAAACCGAAGCCAGCCAAGGACCUCGGAGUCUUAAAAGGUCGAGACAGAAUACUGGACAAGCUCAUCGAGCAUGCUCAACCUGGAGGUACCAUUCGCGAAAUCAUCUCGACAGAUACAUUUGAAGAAGAAGACCCCACCAAUGAACUGACAGAUGAAGAGCGAAAGUACGCCCAAGAGCUGCACGACUUGGAGCGGAUAAGGCACACCAACCCUGAGAAGUACAGGAUGAUGCUGGACCAGAAACAAAGAGCAGAACAGAUUCGAGCUAUGGCUGAAGCCGCCAGGCCCUCUAGGGUUGAUAUGGCCGAUUUCAACGCACGCUUGAUGGAGGACCUGUAUAUACCACAAUUGAGUCCGUCACAGGGUCUUGCUCAUGACGAAACAACGGCACCAAAUACAAACACUGAGCCGGUUGCGCAAACACAAGCAGAUGGUAUCGUGCCACUUGGCCCUCAAGCGCACAUGCCGCAGUUUUCGUCGUCAGCCCCGUUACCAAUGACCGGGGCAAACACACAUAUCCUGAGAUCUAACGCUCCAUCUAUCUUUCCAAUAACGCCAUCGAAUGGGGCAUCAUUGUUCAGCCAGCCUCGGAGUCAUGCUAAGGUCGAUUUCGAGAAGGAGUUGGCUAAAAUGAUAGAAGCUCAUUCAGAAAUCAAAGAUAAUUCGCCUGAUGUAGCAAGAAUGCUUACCGAAGGAAUUACCGUGGCCCAAAAAGCACAGGGCCAUGGGUUUCUCCCUGACGACGCUCGAUGGCGCCUCCUGCUGAACCAUAUACGAAAUAAUCGCCGGUUUAUGCUUGCGAUAGUAUUGGGCCAUUGCACUCCAACAUACCUAGCAACAGCACCGGAAGAGGAAAUCCAAAAUAGGAUCGCAAUUAUGAACGGUCAUUCGGAGAAGGACUUUUUGGCCCAAUUAAGACGGGUAUUUGAGACACCUGACCCAAGUAACUUGAACAAUAUCCAUCGGCCGAUGCCACAUUCGGCUCGAGCUUCCGAAGAUGCGCAGGUAAUGCGGCGAGCGGCCGAUAAAAGGACGGAGCGUCGCUUUCGGCUACCUCAAUGGGCAAACAAUGCACUCCAUCAGCCCAACAGCCAAAAUUUUUGA